AGUAACACAGAGUCCAAAACAGACGCGUGAUCGCGAUAAUGGCAGGGAUUUUACCGAAAAUAAGUGUAUUAUCGCGGGUUAAUGUCUCAGAAGAUGUCCGAUGGACUUCUCCGUAGUGUAGACCAACGAGUGAGUGGGGUUUUGUGUGUUCCUGAUGAUAAUUGGGAUUCGGCUGUGGCCCAGCGACAAACGACAACGGUAUCCAGAGAUGAACAACAAUUUUGAGGGUUCUCGUGGUGAUCGGAAAGAGGGGGGCAAGCGAGGACGCAAGCCCGGAAGGAAAGCGGCCGACAAGGCGGACAUGAGAGCCAAGCUUGAGCGUAGUCGACAGAGUGCGAGGGAGUGUCGUGCCCGUAAGAAGCUGAGGUACCAGUACUUGGAGGAGUUGGUGGCCGACAGGGAAAAAGCUGUUCUCGCCCUCCGCAAAGAGCUCGAUAUGUAUCGAUCGUGGGGACAAGAACUCGACGCUGGACGUGUUCCCGAGGGCCUGCAGGCAAUGCUCGAAGAACUUGGAGCCCUCAAGAAGGAAAGGAAUAAUAAUUAGUUUUAAUACAACAAAGUACCUCUGUAAAAUAAGCAUUUUAAAUUAUCGUACCGUUUUUCGUUGGGUAUUAAUUGAACUCAAUUAUUUAAAUUUAUAAAACUCUGGCGUCUCUAUGUAUGAAAUUUUCAGUUGAACAGAACAACAUUUUCUCCAAA